AUGAAACCACCUCCGGGAUAUCCUUGUCCUUCUAGUAAGGUUUGUCUCCUUCGCAAGGCACUUUAUGGACUUAAGCAAGCUCCUCUUGAAUGGUUUGACAAGUUCAACACUACCAUAUGUAGUCUUGGUUUUACUUCUAGCCCUCAUGAGAAUGUCCUCUUCAUUCACAAAAGCGAACGUGGAGUUGUUCUUCUACUUUUGUAUGUUGAUGACAUGAUCAUCACUGGGAAUAAUGUUGAUGGUAUCUCUGAUCUCAAGGCCUCACUUCACCGUACCUUUGAGAUGAAAGAUCUUGGUUCUCUCAACUAUUUUCUUAGUCUCGAGGUCAUCUCUACCGAUGAUAGCAUCUAUCUCUCUCAGGCUAAGUAUGCUUCAGAUCUUCUUGCUCGCGCUGGGAUUACAGAUAGUCGCACUGAGUCUACUCCUCUUGAGGCUAAUGUUCGAUUUACCCCUAUGGAUGGCACUAUUUUGGAUAAUCCGACCCUCUAUCGACAGUUAGUUGGAGGUCUCGUCUACUUGACUGUCACCCAACCAGACAUCGCCUAUCCAGUUCAUGUACUUAGCCAGUUCUUGUCAGCUCCUCGUACUACUCACUAUACGGCAGUUCUUCGCAUUCUUCGCUACAUCAAAGGGACUCUAUUUCAUGGCCUUUAUUUUUUUGCUCAUUCCACUUUGUCUCUUCAGGCUUACUCUAAUGCUGAUUGGGCUGGUGAUCCCACUGAUCGUCAUUCUAAUACUGGUUACUGUUUGUUUCUUGGCGUGCUAAGAAGCAAACGUUCACUGCUCGCUCAAGCACAGAAGCUGAAUACCAUUGCACAUAAUGAUGUGUUUCAUGAACGCACCAAACACAUUGAAAUUGAUUGUCACUUUGUUCGGCAACGUAUCCUUAUUGAUGUUGUUCGUCUCAUUGCUAUUGGAACACUGGAUCAGACUGCUGAUAUCUUCACGAAAGCUCAUCACCCAACUCGUUUCCGGACUUUGUUAUCCAAACUCUAG